ACCAACGGCGCCUCGCCCUCACAACCCCCCAGAGCAGGGGCGCCUCUCCCUCACAGCCCCCCAGAGCAGCGGCGCCUCUCCCUCACAGCCCCCCAGAGCAGGGGCGCCUCUCCCUCACAGCCCCCCAGAGCAGGGGCGCCUCUCCCUCACAACCCCCCAGAGCAGCGGCGCCUCUCCCUCACAGUCCCCCAGAGCAGCGGCGCCUCUCCCUCACAGCCCCCCAGAGCAGCGGCGCCUCCUCCUCACAGCCCCCCAGAGCAGUGGUGGCUCCAUUGCUGCACGGGCCUUGCUGUUCCAAGGGGAGGCAGCAGAGGGAGGAGGCGCAUGGACGGGCGGCAGUGGGAUGACUAAUGGCCGGCACUCACUGCGUGCCCUGCUGACCGCUGCUCACCACCGCAUGCGCUCAUGCACGGAGGGGGAGUGGGGGGCAAUGGGAACUGGAGGCAGCGGCGCCUCUCCCUCACAUCCGCCCAGAGCAGCGGCGCCUCUCCCUCACAGCCCCCCAGAGCAGCGGCGCCUCUCCCUCACAACCCCCCAGAGCAGCGGCGCCUCUCCCUCACAACCCCCCAUAGCAGCGGCGCCUCUCCCUCACAUCCGCCUAGAGCAGCGGCGCCUCUCCCUCACAGCCCCCCAGAGCAGGGGCGCCUCUCCCUCACAGCCCCCCAGAGCAGCGGCGCCUCUCCCUCACAGCCCCCCAGAGCAGCGGCGCCUCUCCCUCACAGCCCCCCAGAGCAGGGGCGCCUCUUCCUCACAGCCCCCCAGAGCAGGGGCGCCUCUCCCUCAAGUUUAA